AGAUUUUGUAUUCAUCAUGGAUAAAUCACAAAUUCGGUGUGGAUAUUGUGGAUGGCUAAUGGCAUCUUAUUGUGAAAAUAUAUUAGAACAUCAUUGUUUUAAAGACUACAAUGAAACUAUACAUUUUCUACACAUUGAUGAGAAUUUUGUAGCUACUAUUGCACAAAAAUCAACUGAUUGUAAUAUUGAAGAUACAGAACCAUUGUCGCAAUUCCAAAGUGUUAAUCCAGAGUUUGAUGAAUGCCUCAUAAUGGCAGUCAUGGAUAGACCUUCAUUAUAUGAUCAUCGGUUAAAUAUAAAACAAAGGUCCAAGUUGAAAAAAUUGGCUUUAUGGGAAGAAAUAAAACAUACAAUUGAUGAACAAAAACAUAAUGAUUCAGAAAUACAAACAGCUUUACUAGAUUUUAUAAAGGAGCCAAUUCCACACGUAGAUGCUAUUGAUGGCUACUUGAAAACUUUAGGAGAGGCUUUACGUCGGUUACCAUAUCGAAAGAGAAAGUUAAUGGAAAUAAAAUUUUUUCAAAUGGUUUUAGAAGCAGAAGAAAAUUGAUAUUAAAGUUACAGCAUGACAAUUAAUAAUCAGGAGCAUACAGCCAAACGCAAGUUAUUCUAGUUAAAUUUUUAUAAACAAUGAUCACGGACGUUUCUUCAUAGUCGAUAUUCGGUCCUUUUCAGCCAAACAAGUUUUUUG